AUGGCUGAACUCACGACCCUCUCCGGAGACCCCUUUGAUCGUACGGCGUUCGAAUCGCUGCUGAAGCGACGCCUCUUCUAUACCGAGUCUUUCGAAAUCUACCGAACUUCUGGAAACCUUACUGGUGACAGCAGAGGCCUUUACGACUAUGGACCCCCGGGCUGUGCACUUCAGUCCAACAUCGUGGACCUAUGGCGGAAACACUUCGUUCUACAAGAGGAUAUGCUGGAACUCGAUUGCACUAUUCUGACGCCCGAGGAGGUUUUCAAAACGAGUGGGCAUGUGGACAAAUUUGAGGAUUGGAUGUGCAAGGACUCGAAGAAGGGUGACUUUCUACGGGCCGACCAUUUGAUCGAAACAGUGCUCGAAGCUCGAUUGAAGGGUGAUAAGGCGGCUAGGGGGCUUGCCGUCGAGGUCGAGAAGUCCGAUGGCACGACUAAGAAACGCAAGGGCCCGAAAGUCAAUGAUAUCAAAGCCAUGAAACUUGACGAUGCUCAGGUGAAGGAGUACGAGGAGAUACUUGCGAAGAUCGACAACUACGACGGGCCUGAACUCGGCGCAUUGAUCGAGAAGUAUGAUAUUCGAAACCCAGAUGGAAACUCGCCGGUUCUGCCGCCUGUCCCCUUCAACUUGAUGUUCAAGACAACACUAGGGCCCAGCAGCGCGUCUCCAGGAUAUCUCCGACCAGAAACCGCGCAGGGCCAAUUUCUAAACUUCAAGAAACUCCUUGAGUAUAAUCAAAACUCCAUGCCUUUUGCCUCAGCUUCAAUUGGCAAAUCUUUUCGCAAUGAGAUAUCUCCAAGAUCCGGCCUCCUUCGCGUGAGGGAGUUCUUAAUGGCAGAGAUAGAGCAUUUUGUUGAUCCAGAAGGUGGCAAGAAACAUCCCAAAUUUGGCCUGGUCAAAGACUUGCAACUAAGCUUCCUCAACCGCUCAACUCAACUUGCGGGCAAGACAGAUCUGCAAACGACGAGUCUCGCGGAUGCAGUGGCUAGAGGAAUGGUGGAUAAUGAAACCCUAGGUUACUUCCUCGGUCGUAUCUAUCUCUUUCUGCUUAGAAUUGGUGUGGAUAAGAACAAAGUCAGGUUUAGGCAACACAUGGCCAAUGAAAUGGCUCAUUAUGCGACUGACUGCUGGGAUGCCGAACUUCAAACAACCUACGGAUGGAUCGAAUGCGUUGGGUGCGCUGACCGGAGCGCUUACGACCUUACAGUUCACUCCAAGAAAACGGCUGAACCUCUUGUCGUCAGAGAGCCGCGGCGCGAGCCUCUCAAAGUAGAGGAGUGGCAGAUUGAUAUCAACAAGGCCAAGCUUGGACCGACAUUCAAGAAAAACGCCAAGGCUGUUGAAACGGCUCUGACAGCUCUAUCUCAGGCAGAGCGAGAGUCUUCCGCUGCGGCACUGGAAAAGGAAGGUGUCAUCUCAAUCACUGUUCCUAACCUUCCUGAAAAGACAGAGGUCUCAGAAGACUUGAUUAGCAUCGUCAAACGAACUCGCGUUGAAAAUGUACGAGAAUACAUUCCAAAUGUCAUUGAGCCCUCAUUUGGCAUAGGCCGGAUCUUCUACAGCCUGCUGGAACAUGUCUAUUGGCACCGCCCGAAUGAUCCUGCACGUGGAGUCCUAUCCCUUCCCAUCACGGUAGCCCCGACAAAAGUCCUCAUCGUCCCUCUCUCCACCCAUCCGGACUUCGCACCCCUCACUUUGGCCAUUUCUGAAACUCUCCGAGCCCAGGGCAUAUCAUGUCGCUCUGACGACUCCUCUGCUAGUAUCGGGAAGCGAUAUGCCCGGAAUGACGAGCUGGGGAUACCGCUCGGUAUAACUGUUGACUUUGACUCCGUCAAGGAUGGUACAAUCACGCUGCGUGAGCGUGACAGCACCAAGCAGGUUCGGGCCUCUCAAGAGGACAUUUUCAGUGCAAUCAAGAGCUUGAUUGACGGUCGCGAAACAUGGGAGGAUGUUUUCAAAAGACUUCCGGAGUUUUUGGGGCAGAGUGGUGAUGAGUAG